AUGAGCACUGCGCUCGUAAGCUAUGUUGCGCUCACUCUGGCUCGGCUCUCCCCAUCUACCAAAAGCAGCGUCCCGGACGCCGCGGUACCGGAGCCUCCCAUUCAGCUCCAGGACUGCUGCUCGGCCGUUGUCGUCGUCGUCAUCUUCGCCAGGUGGCCUAGCCCCGACUGCGUUGGAGGUUCCAAUCACUGCGCCCAACGGCCAACAGAGCAAGAAAUUUGCUCCGUCUGCUCGGCAAACUCUCAAGACGUCCACAAAGCCGUCUCUUCAGCCCGAGAAGCCCUCAAGGCCCCGUCCUGGAGCCGGCUCUCCGGGAGUGAUCGCGGCGCCCUCCUCUACAGGUUAGCGGACCUUGUCGAGAAGAACGCCGAGACCAUCGCCACCAUCGAGUCCCUCGAUAGCGGCAAGCCCUACUCCGCCUCCCUGGGGACCGACGUGCCGCUUUUCCUCCAGGUCAUGCGCUACUAUGCCGGCUUCGCCGACAAGAACUUUGGCCGCGUCAUCGAUGUCGGCCCGGACAAGAUGGCCUACACCGUCCACGAGCCCAUCGGCGUCUGCGGGCAGAUCGUGCCGUGGAACUACCCGCUCGCCAUGGCUGGGUGGAAGCUCGCACCCGCGCUGGCUUGCGGUAACACUACGGUGUUGAAACCGUCAGAGCUGACGCCGCUGUCGGUCCUUUUCGUCGCCAACUUGGUCCGCGAGGCCGGUUUCCCACCCGGCGUUGUCAACAUCCUCAAUGGCUACGGCCGUGACACAGGUGCCGCUCUGGUCAACCAUCCGGGAGUCGACAAGAUCGCCUUCACUGGCAGCACGGCUACGGGCAAAGAGAUUAUGCGCCUGGCUUCCAAGACGUUGAAAAACAUCACGCUCGAGACGGGUGGAAAGUCGCCUCUCAUUGUGUUUGAGGACGCUAAUGUCGCCCAGGCCGCGAAGCACGCCCACCUCGGCAUCAUGUCGAACUCGGGCCAGAUCUGCACCGCCAACUCGAGGCUCCUGGUGCAUGAGACCCUUGUUGAUGAAUUUGUCAACGCGUUCGCUAGCCUCGGUCCCCAGGUCUCGCGGGACCAGUACGACCGCAUCCUAAACUACGUCCAGCUCGGCGUCGACGAAGGCGCCAGGCUCGUGUUGGGCGGCCGACCCGCCACGGUGCCCUCUGGAAAAGGCUACUAUAUCGAGCCCACACUCUUCGCCGACGUCAAGCCAAACAUGAAAAUCUUCCAAGAGGAAAUCUUUGGGCCCUGUGCCGUCAUCGUGCCCUUUUCCACAGACGAAGAGGCGGUAGCUCUGGCCAACGAUUCCGCCUACGGACUCGGAGCCAUGCUCUUCACCAAAGAUCUUUCGCGGGCACAUAGAAUGGCUCGGGCGGUCGAAGCUGGCAUGGUAUUCAUCAACAGCACAGAUGACUCCGACGCCAGAACCCCUUUGGCGGCGUGA